AUGUCUUCUGCUCUGGAAAGUGCACCCACUGUCUUGGAUAGCGUCAAGAUCUCGAUUCCAGAAGCGGGAAUUCUUUUGGUACUGGUCAAUCGACCCCGGCAGCUUAAUAGCCUAAGUGUUGAAGCAGCGUUCGAGCUUGAUUCUGUGUUCAAAUGGUUCGACAAAGAGACUAGCCUGAGAGUCGCGAUCCUGUCUGGAGUGGGCAAAGCAUUUUGUGUCGGCGCUGAUCUGAAAGAAUGGAUGGAAAACAAUAAGAAAGGGGUGCCGAUGAAGCUGCCAGAGACUGGGUUUGGUGGUGUCUCCUUUCGCCAUGGUAAGAAGCCAAUCACUGCGGCAGUCAAUGGCCCUUCACUUGGAGGUGGCUGUGAGAUGGCCGUCAACUGCGACUUGGUAGUCGCAUCAGCUCAUGCCACUUUUGGCCUGCCCGAGGUCAAGCGCGGCGUCACACCCUUUGGAGGCACGCUUCCACGAAUCAUAAGAACUGCUGGCCGUCAAAGAGCGACAGAACUGGCUUUGACGGGACGUACUGUAACGGCGCAAGAAUUCAAGGCGUGGGGAGUUUGCAACCGAGUCUGCGAGAAAGGAACUGAUGCAGUAGCAGAUGCUCUUGAGAUGGCCAAGAUGAUUGUCGAGAAUAGUCCGGAUGCUGUUAUUGUCACAUGA